AUGUCCAGGUCAUGGGAUCCCAGCAGAUCUGCUUGGCUAUAUCCGUUCCGGGGGAUCUACUAUUUUGCAUCACAUCGAUACGUCUGGCCCUUGUUCCGAGCGCGACUCAUCCCCCUCAUCUUGCUGUCAACAUUUAUUUGCGUUCUUCUGUUCCUGUUCGCAUACCUUCCGCAAGUGGCUUUUCUCGCCAUCUUCCAUGGCAAAGGUGCUUGGGUGAACGGGGCCUUUUUAGUUUUAGAAGAGGGAGCCGUGAUUGUGGCGCUCCUCUUCGAGGCAUUUUUCGUGGAUGAGACACUAGUGGACAUAUUCGACGCUGUGCUGGUGCACGAGGGACAGGGCGAGCUGGUCGCCUCGUCCCGCGUGUUGUACCCCCAAGGCGAUGAUGUUGUAAAACGACUCGGCAAACCCACCCACAGCGCCGUCUACGCACCGUUUUCCCUGCGACAGGUGCUGGAGUUCAUCUUCCUAUUACCACUGAAUUUUAUCCCUGUGGCUGGUACGCCGAUGUUUCUCGUGCUCACCGGGUAUCGAGCGGGGCCUUUCCACCACUGGCGGUAUUUCCAGCUGCUGGACCUCUCCAAACAACAGAGGAAGGAACGAAUCCGACAACGACAGUUGCAGUACACCUCGUUUGGAACGGUGUCCCUGUUCUUUCAACUGGUCCCCAUGCUGAACAUUUUUACCCUGAUGUCGACUGCGAUUGGAUCAGCGCUCUGGGCGGUGGAUAUUGAGAAAAGAAAAGGUUUCCUAGAAGCGACGCCGAACCAAGAAGGUGAUUUUCAUGAUGACGAUGAUGGGAUGGUCUGA